CACCGACGGAGUCCACCUAAAAAGCGCGCAAGAAGUUCCAGCUCGUCGAGUCGUGGUACUUAUGACGAUUUUGAUUUUGUUCUGCCUGAAGAUGAGUGUCCAUUUGCUUGUAAAAAAUGCCAUCGUGGUUUCUACACCAUAAAAGAAUUAGCGGAGCACGAAAUUCGUGCACACGAUAUGAAGAUUCCCUGUCCUCACUGUGAUAAGAAUGCUGUUUCUAUAACUAAACUAGCUGCUCACAUGCUUUUCCGUCACCCAGCUAUGGAAGUGUUGUGCCACUAUUGUGACCAAAAGUUUGGAAAUCCCGCUGAGAAACUCGACAAAACAGCUUGGGACGAUUUUCGCGGACACGUCUACAAGGAAAUACUCAAGAAAAAGAUGUAUGAACAUUCCUCCAAAGCGAGUGGAGCGGCGAGCGAUGCGGUGGCUCUGCGAGGCGUCGGCAGAUGUCCGCACGGUGCUGCGGUGAAAUGCAAGAACUUCCCAAAUUGUCCUGGCGCCAAGUGCAUCUACUCUCAUGGACAAUGCCGCUACGACAUCACUUGCAAUAAAUCGUCGUGUCCCUUCGACCAUUCCAAUCGACCACGUGUUUGCAUGGCAUGUAUAAACGAUAUG